AUGGAGAAGGAGAAGGACCAGACAGAAACCUCCUGGGAGGACUGUUCACUACCUGAUGAAUAUCCUGAACCACAAAUGGAGGACGGAGCUGUGCUGAAUGGAGAGGCAGAUGAGGGUGCUUCUGCUACCAGAGAGGAAACCACAACUGAUCAGUCCGUGAAAUGCAGCCCUAACCUGCUGCAGAUUCUGAAGGCAGCUGAGAGCAGGUGGACACCUCGGGGUCGAGACAGCAACGCUUCAGAGGCUGAAACGGGAGAGCUGGUGACUGAAGCUCUGAAGACUGGCAUGCAAAUACAGUUCACUGACCAGAAGCAAGAAUUCAACAAACGUCCCACCAAGGCUGUUCGUCGCACUCUGUCUCGUUCCAUCUCACAGUCGUCCACAGAUAGCUACAGUUCUGUGUGCAGUGACAGCUCAGAGGAUGAGUCUUCUCCCAGAGACAAGCUUCAGAAGACGUCCAACGGCCUGUCUGACUUCUGUGUCAAGAACAUCACACAGGCUGAGUUUGGACGCAGAGAAAUAGAAAUAGCGCAGCAAGAAAUGCCAGCACUGAUGUUCCUUAGGAAAAGAGCCGGUGGGGAGAAACCUCUGGCUGGAGCUAAAGUGGUGGGCUGCACACACAUCACUGCACAGACAGCGGUGUUGAUUGAGACCCUUUCUGUGUUGGGGGCUCAGUGUCGCUGGGCAGCCUGUAACAUCUUCUCCACUCAGAACGCGGUGGCUGCUGCUCUGGCUGAAGGAGGCACCUCAGUGUUUGCGUGGAGAGGAGAAUCAGAGCACGAAUUCUGGUGGUGCAUUGACCGAUGCAUCGGUGCUGAGACCUGGCAGCCCAACAUGAUUUUGGACGACGGAGGAGACCUGACCCACUGGAUCUAUAAGAAGUAUCCGAGCGUGUUCAAAAAGCUGAAAGGCAUCGUGGAGGAAAGCGUCACAGGCAUCUAUCGGUUGUACCAGCUGUCAAAAGCAGGCAGGCUGUGCGUCCCAGCCAUGAACGUUAACGACUCUGUGACCAAGCAGAAAUUUGACAACCUUUACUGCUGCAAGGAGUCCAUACUGGACGGGUUGAAGCGAACCACUCAAGUCAUGUUUGGAGGAAAACAGGUGGUGGUGUGCGGAUAUGGUGAGGUUGGCAAAGGUUGCUGCGCCGCCAUGAAAGCGUUGGGUGCUGUCAUAUACGUCACAGAAGUGGAUCCCAUUUGUGCACUUCAGGCUUGCAUGGAUGGCUUCAGAGUGAUUAAACUCAGUGAAGUGGUCAGACAGGUAGACAUGGUCAUCACCUGCACAGGCAAUAAAAACGUGGUGGGGAGGGAACAUCUGGACAGAAUGAAGAAUGGCUGCAUAGUCUGCAACAUGGGACAUGCCAGCACUGAGAUAGACAUGGCGAGUCUUCGCACUACAGAGCUGAGGUGGGAGCGUGUGAGGCCUCAGGUGGACCAUAUAAUCUGGCCUGAAGGCAAGAGAAUUGUCCUACUGGCUGAGGGCCGUUUGCUGAAUCUGAGCUGCUCCACAGUGCCUUCAUUUGUUCUCUCCAUCACAGCUACAACUCAGGCAUUGGCCCUCAUAGAGCUGUACAGCGCUCCAGAGGGACGAUACAAACAGGAUGUCUACCUGCUGCCAAAGAAGAUGGAUGAGUUUGUGGCCAGCCUUCACCUGCCGACAUUUGAUGCUCACCUCACAGAGCUGACUGAUGAACAGGUCAAGUACCUGGGCAUCAGCAAACAUGGGCCCUUCAAACCCAACUACUACAGGUGA